AUGACCACCGUCACCCGUCGUUUGUCCUCUCGUCGUGGCUCGACUACUGCUUCAGAUCCAUAUGCCAAGAAUGCACAUCUAAGCAGAGAGUCUUCCAGCAUUCUUACGAUUGUUCGUGUCACCAAUCCACCACCCGCACCCUCGCCAGGACCGCUUGAAGCCCCACCUUCUUCCCCUCGACGAUCGCAUAGACGUCUAGGAAGUAAUCCAAAUGUCCAAUCAACAGCUCAGGACUCUUCUCCCCCUCCAGGUCGUGUCAGUUUUGCAUUCUCUUCGUUCAACCAAGGCCAGCAACAAGCCAAUGGAAAUGGUCCUCCGCGCCGCCCAGCCUCUCCCCAUCGAGCACCAUCUGCCCCAUUAUUCACGAAUACACGCCUUAACCCUGAACAACUCUUGGAAGUGGCGAAGCAGGCAACCAAUCCACGCCCUCAACCUUCACCAAACACAGUUCCCGGAUCCCAUUCACCUGUGCUGACGCCACGUUCUGCCUCACCUCAAAAUGUGCAACAUUCAACUGUUGCUCCGGCCACCUUCACGCCUUUGCCGUCGGAUAUUUACCUUCCUUUUCUGGAUCGACCUGCAGAAGUUUCGGCUCUCUUAGCUUCCCCACCCUCUGCCAAAUUAUUUGCCCUCCUUGCACAGACGUUCCCCAAAGCGAUCGUCAAGCGCUCAGAUGACCAGUUACCUCUAAACACGGCGGAAUGGACAUUCGAGGACCUUUCGUAUUGGUUGACUAAAACCACGCGUGAAGAAGCCUCAGACGCAUUUUGGGUCCAGACUGCUCGAACCUGCAUUCUAUUGCAUUCAGAAUUGAUUUGGGAGCGCAUGAGAGGUGCUCUUGGAGUUCCACCGGAGUUGGAUAUCGACGUCAAGGAAACGGAAUACCAAGAUGUGUUUGAAGACGAUGAUGAAAGCGAUGAUGCAGCCGAAGAUGGAGGUAGAAAAGCAUUUGGGCAUUGGGAGGAUUGGGAUGCUGUUCUGGAUUCUCCUAUCUUCGACCGUCACUCGGGAGGCUCAUCUCCCAAUGCCUCGCGAAGGGCUUCGGCAGCCGCGCCUGCCAUCUUCACCCAGGUUCCCACUCCUCACGAGACCGAAUAUUUCUCUUUAUCCCCUAAUGACAUGGGUCUUAAUGACAAUGAUGUCAUUAUCGAACCUGUCAUCGCGGUCUCCGAACAGUUUUCUGCUAGUGCUAACCCACCACCUAUGUCUCUGCCUGCGUCACUUUCUGCAGAGAACAGUGGAUUAGGCGAUAUUGGAGAGGAAGAUGAAGACGAUGAUACCCCCAAAGAGGAGCGUGAACUUGAAGCAGAGCCAGUUCCGGAGUACCCCCAAGUGUUGGGACUUCGGAUAUCAACACCAGCUGCCCCCCUGCUUCCUAAUUCGCCUAGCAUUCGUUCGGCAACAACCGGCGCCCACUUACGCUCACCUUCCUUUUCUGCACGCAAUACACACUCUCCGGCAGUUGUUCGCUCCAGUUCUUCAUCGUCUAGUCAUGUGACUGGUCUUUCACGUUCGGGAUCAACGGGCAGUCUUUCACAUAACCGUAGAGGGUCGUUUGGGAGUGUUCAUUCUUUGGGUUCUGACAGAGACGCUCCAUAUGACCCUGUUGCGGAUCGUUCGCCUGGGAAUCCAAUCUUUCCAAGCAACUUUGCAAGAUUAGCGGUCGGACCAACCCUUGCAGCCAACAAUCCAUCUCUUCGCUCGCCGGCUCUACCUCCACAGUUCAAACACGGCGCUUCCAGUCGAAGGCGGUCUUCGUCAGCCCGAUCCGAAAGAGGUAAUAGGUUUCGUCGUAUCUUGGGACUUGGAGGAGAUGAUUAUGCGAUCACUGUGGCGAGUGGUAGCAGCGCAGGCGGCAGUGUUCGUGACGGAGAGUGA